AUGAAUAACAGAUCUCCCACCAAAAUACGUCGUGCGCUUUCUGGCAAAAACGUGAAUCAGCGUCCCAGCUCUUUAUCUCCAAAAAAGUCUGGUAUUUUGCCAAGCUCGCGUGCUGGACGGGCAAGUCCCACACGAAAACGGGCAGAUCAGGUUGCGAACGCAGGAAGUUGGCAGUUUUUCGAAGAGUCCGAAGAAAACCAGGAAUUGACAAGAUUGAGGCAACAAAAACUACGAGAGAAUAAGUUUAAGUCACCCGUUCUUGACCCAGAAAAUGAUACACAGAUUAUGACACAUUCCAAGUCACAGGCGGAAGGUGCCCCUGUGAGAGAGCCGAUGGCAGAUUUGGACGUGGAGGACCACGCUGGUACGUGGGAGUUCUACGUUGGUGAGAACAACGACUCUUCCAAAUCUCCCUCAAGAUCACCAUCGAAAAGCUCGCCAGCGAGACUUUCAUCGAGAUUCAGCUCAUCUCCCUUGAAAUAG